AUGCAGAAUACGCAGACGGCGCUAAGACGACAAGGAGUAAAUGUGUCGACUGCGCUUCCGAUGCACCUACUGGGUUUUAGCAAGGGUGGCAUCGUGUUAAAUCAACUCGUAACCGAGCUGGUGCGGUACUCGUUUAAUAAGAAACGCUCCAACAGUGGUCAAGUUCGGCAGGGCUCUGUGUUUGCGAGCACCCGACAGUUCUUCGCCGCGAUCAACUCGAUUCAUUGGUUAGACACUGGCAAUGGCUCCCUAGAAGGAGCAAUGCCAACGGAAGAGACAGCCUUGGCUGUGCUCUCGCGAUACGAGCAACUCAGAUUAUUCGUGCACGUGACACCGUAUCAGUACGAGUCGAGACUGCGGCCAUGGAUUAAAACCGAAGUAAACAGUUUUGUCACCAAGAUGAACCUCCUCGGCGCCGAUAUCCAGCUCAUUAUCUAUUACGAAGGCGACGAGGGCUCGUUAGUAUCCCAUUUUCAUAUUUUGCAAGAUUUUGAGGCCAGCCGAUCAUUCAGAUCCAAAGGUGAGGGAGUCGCGAACUCACCGGAACAUGCUGUUCAGCCGGUUCGGAUUCGGGCUUGCAAAAGAGAGGUCCAGAUGAGACCAUCAAAAGGGUGUUGGUAAACACAAAGAACGAGAUGCGACAAUUAAAGCUAUCCGGGAGUAGAGAACAUCAAAGACUGUUCAUGUGCUAAUGGAUCUGCGUUUACACAGUACAUCUCUAAGAACAAAAGUUAAACUAACUUUUUUUAAAAAG